AGCAUACGCCUCAGUACAAAACAAACACGCUAGUACCACCAGCAGCAGCCAACCCCGAGGAGGCAGAGGCAGCUAAUGGGCUCCAUGGCCGCGGAAAUGACUGCCGUCGAGGAGGAGGCGUGCAUCUACGCCAUGCAGCUGUCGUCCACGGCUGUCCUGCCGCUCACGCUCAAGAACGCCAUCGAGCUGGGCAUGCUCGAGAUCCUCAUGGGCGCCGGCGGAAAGAUGCUGUCACCGUCUGAGGUGGCCGCGCGGCUUCCGUCGACGGCGACAAACCCGGACGCGCCGGCCAUGGUCGACCGCAUGCUGCACCUGCUGGCAUCCUACAAGGUGGUGUCGUGCGAGGUAGACGAAGGCACGCACGCUAGGCGGUACGGCCCCACAGCCGUGUGCAAAUGGUUCACACCCAACCAGGACGGCAUCUCCAUGGCCCCGCUGCUCCUCCUCACCAACGACAAGGUCCCGAUGGAGAGCUUGUAUCAUUUGAAGGACGCGGUCCUUGAUGGCGGUCUCCCGUUCCACAAGGCACAUGGGAUGACAAUGUACGAGUACACCAAAACGGACGCGCGCUUGAACCGCGUCUUCAACGAGGCCAUGAAGAGCUACACCACCAUCGUCACCGGGAAGCUCGUCGAGCUCUACACUGGUUUCCACGACGUGGCCACACUCGUGGACGUCGGUGGCGGCGUCGGCGCCACCAUCCGCGCCGUCACCUCCAAGUACCCGCACAUCAAGGGGAUCAACUUCGACCUGGCCCACGUCAUCGCGGAGGUGCCACAAUCCCCCGGCGUGGAGCACGUCGCCGGCGACAUGUUCAAGAACGUGCCGAGCGGCGACGCCAUCGUCCUCAAGUGGAUCCUCCACAACUGGACCGACGAGCAAUGCACGACCCUACUAAGGAACUGCUACGACGCGCUGCCUGCGCACGGCAAGGUUGUCGUCGUGGAAGGCAUCCUGCCCGUCAAACCGGAGGCGACGUCCAGGGGGCAGCAGGCGUCCCUCAGCGACAUGAUCAUGCUCACACACACAGCAGGCGGCAAGGAGAGGAACCAGAGGGAGUUCGAGGAGCUUGCCAAGGCCGGAGGGUUCACCGGUGUUAAGACCGCCUACAUCUACAGCAACACCUGGGUCAUUGAAUUCACCAAAUAGCUAGAUCCGUCGUCUCCUAUCUCUUCUCGAUUGUUGUUGCUCUCCAAAUCUGCAUGAUGCGUACCUUAUCUCCUUGAUCCUGAAUGGCGUAUAAUAAACGGAUUUGCUAAA